AGUACUGGGUAUGUGUCACACUGCCAAAUCCCCGAUCACAAGUCUCCAUGAACGGGCGGUGAGCUGGGAUAAUAAAACCCCUGACAUCACCAUUCCAGAAGCUUCACAAGACUGCAUAUAUAAGGGGCUGGCUGUAGCUGCGGCUGAAGGAGCUGACCAGCCAGCUGACCCCCCACACUCUCCUAGCCAUCAUGGACAUCGCCAUCCACCAUCCCUGGAUCCGCCGCCCCUUCUUUCCUUUCCACUCCCCUAGCCGCCUCUUUGACCAGUUCUUUGGAGAGCACCUGUUGGAGUCUGAUCUCUUCCCAACUGCUACUUCCCUGAGUCCCUUCUAUCUUCGACCACCCUCUUUUCUGCGGGCACCCAGCUGGUUUGACACUGGGCUCUCAGAGAUGCGCCUGGAGAAGGACAGGUUCUCUGUCAACCUGGAUGUGAAGCAUUUCUCUCCAGAGGAUCUCAAGGUCAAGGUGCUGGGAGAUGUGAUUGAGGUGCAUGGCAAACAUGAAGAACGCCAGGAUGAACAUGGUUUCAUCUCCCGGGAGUUCCAUAGGAAAUACCGGAUCCCAGCUGAUGUGGACCCUCUUGCCAUUACUUCAUCCCUGUCAUCUGAUGGGGUCCUUACUGUGAAUGGACCAAGGAAACAGGCCCCUGGCCCUGAGCGCACCAUUCCCAUCACUCGUGAAGAGAAGCCUGCUGUCACUGCAGCUCCCAAGAAAUAGAUGCCCUUUCUCUAAUUACGUUUUUUAAAACAAGAAGCUUCCCCACCACUGAAUGAAAGCCUUGUGACUAGUGUUGAAACUUAUUAAUGCUAAGGGCAGGCCCGUUAUUAAGCUAAUAAAAUAUGAUUCAGCAACAGAUAA